GCAGGCGGUGGGUGCAGUCGGGGCCCCUGUAGGGAGGGAGGGAGGGAGAGAAGGCGGGCGAGAGGAGAAGGAGGGAUGGAGAUGGAUGAUAGAUGCUUAUGUAGCGCGUCCCGUACGGUUGCCGUUAUGCUCGGCCGUAGACAAACUUCCAUCCUCCUGUGACUCUCUUUCUUUACCCCCUGCUCCACCCAUGAAGCAGGACGCAGGGCGAAUGUGUGCAAGUGUUCCGGAGCGCGUCGUGAUCGCUUAUUUAUCCGUCUGAUAAAUGAUUUUGGAGCUCGCAGCGCUCGCCGGUGCAGGCCCUGCGCUCCAGCGCUACAUCCCGCACAUUCAGCGGGUUUUCCGGGUCAGAGUGAGCUGCAGCACCGCCGAGUCCAGCUGCGACAGCCCCAACGCAAGCUCCAGUAUCAUCGUUAACAUUGAGGACGGCAAGGAAGAAGAUUGCAUUAAAGCUAAAGAGUACAUUGUGUCCCUGAUCAGUCCUGUUCAUAAGCACCGUGAGCGUUUGACUCUCUGGCUGCAGCGGCGUCUGCAUGCCCUACAUGCAGCUAUUGAGUAUGAGAGCUGCGCCGUGGUGCAGGUGAGGGACCAUGCACUGGAGCUUCAGGGAGGUCAUGCGCAGGUAACGGCUGCAUGCGCUAUGCUGCAGCGCCUCAAGAUGGAGCACCGCAGCUGCCGUGACCCUCAGCCCUUGCCUGCCGCUGCUGGCCACGACUCUCCAGAGGAUGAGGAGGAGGAUGACGAAGAAGCUGGGGAAGAGGGGAGCAGUUCAGAGAGUGAAGGAGAGGCGCGGUCAAGAAGCGGGAGUUCCGGAGGAGGUGUUGGUGCAGCAGGCCCAGGCGAAGGAGCAACAGGAAGGAGACGAGAGCCGCUUAUUGUGACCAAACCCCACCGCCAGCUGUGCCGGUCACCCUGUUUGGACCAACCUAGCUUCAGCCAAAGCAGCACCUUACAGGAGUUACGUGCAGAUGACCCACGUGCCGACCUAUCACACACUGACCCCUCUCAGAGGACGGCCUCACUUGCUCCACCCACUUCUGCAUCCCAGGCACCCAUACGACAAACAAGCGAACGAGAUUACCAAACCAAAAUGGACUUUGCUCUGAAACUGGGCUACUCUGGAGAGCAGGUGGAGUCUGUGCUGAGUAAACUGGGGCCCAGUGCGCUAAUCAAUGACGUAUUAGCUGAGCUGGUGCGGCUGGGGAAUAAAGGGGAACCAGAGAGCCAGGGAGCAGUGGGUUCUGCCAAUUUAGCGCCACGGGCAGUAGGAGCCAAAGAAGCCGUAAGCCCUGAGGCAUCGCUGGAGGAAGACACACCAGACACAUACGACAACCUCCGACCAAUCGUUAUUGAUGGAUCAAAUGUUGCCAUGAGCCAUGGAAACAAAGAGGUGUUCUCAUGUCUGGGCAUCCAACUGGCUGUGGAUUGGUUCCUGGAGAAAGGCCACAAAGACAUCACAGUCUUCGUCCCAGCAUGGAGGAAAGAACAGUCAAGACCUGACGCACCAAUCAAAGAUCAGGAGAUCCUGCGAAAGUUAGAGAAGGAGAAAAUCCUCGUAUUCACUCCAUCUCGCAGAGUCCAGGGCAGACGAGUGGUGUGCUACGACGACCGCUUUAUCGUCAAGCUGGCCUGCGACUCCGACGGAAUCAUUGUGUCCAACGACAACUACAGAGACCUGCAGAAUGAGAAACCAGAGUGGAAGAAAUUUAUAGAGGAACGACUCCUCAUGUACAGCUUCGUCAAUGACAAAUUUAUGCCUCCCGAUGAUCCUUUAGGCAGACACGGACCCAGUCUCGAAAAUUUUCUUCGUAAACGGCCAGUGGUUCCAGAGCACAAGAAGCAGCCAUGUCCAUAUGGUCAGUACAGCAAAAGUAAGAAGUGCACAUACGGUCAUAAGUGCAAGUACUACCACCCAGAGAGAGCCAAUCAACCACAACGUGCUGUCGCUGACGAGCUCCGAGCCUUCGCCAAACUGUCCGCCGUAAAGACAAUGAGUGAGGGGGCACUUGCGAAAUGUGGCACCUCUAGCGCUGUCGCCAAGGGAGACUGUAGCUCGGAGGCAAAGCGAGUGACACCUAAGCGCCAGUCUGACCCCAGUAUCCGGUCAGUCGCUUGUGAGCAGGAAGAGAGACUCUGCCCAAUGCGGAAGGCCGAGGCAAGUUCUGUACCAUCUUUAGUGUCAGCGCUUAGUGUUCCAACCAUGCCACUGCCAAAAAGUCACGCAGCGGGCGCUCUGAACACGCGCUCGGCGAGCAGCCCUGUUCCAGGGUCUCUGCACUUUACCCACAGCUCCCUGGAACAUGCGGGCAGCGUUCAGUACCCUCCCAUCCUGGUCACCAACAGCCAGGGUGCCUCCGUUGCUUACGGUGAGCCAUUCCCCAAGUAUGACUCUGUGGUGAGCGAUCACGGCUACUAUUCCAUGCUCAGUGACUUUUCCACCAUAAGCUUGCAAGACAGUUUUUGCAGUCUGGAGCAGCCAGAGCCCAUGGGGGUGGGUGGAGGGGGAGGGUACCCUGGCAGAGCCCCAAGCAUGUGCCCAGAGCCUGGCCGAAGCCACUCGUCUGACUCCUUCUCAUCUUAUAGUGGAGACAUGUAUCUCAACUCAAUGGAGGGCAGCUUAGAUGACAGCAUGAAAGGGCCACCUACGCAGACACAGUCGCAACCUUCUGCGCAAACACGCCUUCAAGCAUUUGCUCACGGUUUUCACCAUGAGGCCUUGACACGUGUGCAGAGCUACGGUACGGAUGAACCCAAACCAGGACCUCGCAAGCAGUCGUCCGCCCACCUUGCACCCCAUUCCCAGCACCCAGUCAUUGGAGCUCGAUCCAGCUGCCCAGGAGACUACCCUCCCCUCUCCCAGAAUGUGUUGCCUUCUGCUAGCCCCGCUCAGCAUGGUCGCUCCUUAGGCAUGACUCGCAUGGACAGUAUCUCCGACUCACGGCUCUACGAGAGCAACCCGCUACGGCAACGGCGACCACCUCUUUGCAGAGAGCAGCAUGCUAGCUGGGACCCUUUGCCGUGCGGUAACGAAUCCUACUGUUAUGGAGGCUAUGGUUUAACGGGAGGUCUCAUGCCUUGCUGCGAGAGGGUGAUGGUCCGCAGUAUGCCGGAGAAGAUGGAGCAGAUCUGGAGGUCCCCUUGGGAUAGCUUGCCACCUCCUCUGCCAGCCACUCGUGGGCUUGCAGUGGACCCCCAAGAGUGGCAUCCUAUUCCAGAGCACCAGUUUCAAACAUACCGAAACCUCUGCAACAUCUUCCCGGCGUACGUGGUCCAUUCAGUCAUGGAGAAGAACCCUCACAUGACCGAUCCCCAGCAGCUGGCUGCCGUCAUCGUCACGAAAUUACGCUCUUGCCACUAAGCACAUCCCAGAGAGCUGCUAACACAAACACACAAUAAAUAGAUAUCUAAGUGAAUGAGAAAUGCUUGGCCGUCUCGUAUUUUUGUUUUGGCUCUGAAGAAACGCCAUCCCCAUGCUAAAUUAUGUUUGGCUCUGGAUUGGACAGGCAAAAUAUUCCUUGUUUCCUUGAUUCUUCCAUUGGUUGUGAUAUCUGUCAAGGCAAAAGGAAGCCUGAAUCUUGUACCUGGAUCAAGGUGUAUAUCCUAAGUAAGAUUCCUUAAAAAGCUUUGGUAAAAUAUAAAAAAAAACUGUUCUGCUCCUGAGAAGGGCUGAAAUGUCAAAAAUGUUUUUGAGGUUUAAAGGGAUAGUUCACCCCAAAAUGAAAAUUCUGUCAUCAUUUAUUCACCCAUUAUGUUGUUCCAAACCCCAAUUACUUUAUUUCUUCCUUAGAACACAAAAAGAGAUGUUACAUACAAUGUUAGGCAGAAUGUUAGCCUCAGUCACCAUUCACUUUCAUUGUAUGUUAAUACAAUGAAUAUUAAUGGUGACUGAGGCUAACAUUCUGUCUGACAUUUCUUUUUGUGUUCCAUGGAAAAAAGAAAGUCAUAUGGGUUUGGAACAACAUGAAGGUGAGCAAACGGUGACAUAAUUUUCAUUUUUAUGUGAACUAUCCCUCUAAGAUGGCCUGUACAAUCCUUGCUCAUCAUAAUUGAGAAAGAAGAUGCUGCUUGCCAGUUAGAUGGCAGAUCUUGAGAAUGUGUUAUUUUGCAGGUAAUGAUAACAUUUAUCCUUUGAAAAUGAGUUAAAUGAGAGAAAUCUCUUUGGUAAACUGAUCAGAAAUGAUCCUGCACAAUAUGAAUAGUAUUGUGUGUGUAUAUGUGUAUUCACUUGCAUUUGCGUGUAUAUAUUACGUGAAGCUGUUGUGUGUGGUUUUAUGUGUGUGUGUGCGUGAUGACCUGUGUGAUUUUAGAAAAAGGAAUGAACGCUUGCAUACCUCAAAGCAUGAACUUUGAACUUUUAUGGCCUUAUAUCGGAGUGACCUCACCACACGUUAAUGAGAAUAGUGCUUAAUAGUUGUGGAGGUCGCUAUUUUGCAUUUAUUUUAUUACAGUGAGCACUAAAAGUUCUGGAACAAGAGUUUAGAUUGAGCAGUGCUGCAGUUCAGACUCAGCCUUGUAAUUGACUAAGCUGUAACUGCCAGUUGUGCUAUGCUAUGUCUGUUCUCAUGUACAGACGUGUUUAUGAAGCCAUUUUAAAAGAUUUGACAAUGAGCCAAAAAGAUAAUCAGUGUUGAUUUUUCUGAUUAAGAUGUUUCUGUUUAGAAAGCACUAGUUCGUACUGAGUUGGAGUUAUUCAAAUGUUUCCUAGAUGUUGUUGUUGUAUAGAAUACAGACAGAAUUUAAGGGGAUAGUUCACCCAAAAAAACAUAAAAACAAAUUCUGUCAUAAUUUACUUACCCACAUGUUGUUUCAAACAUGUAUGACUUUCUAAUGCAUACACAAAAAUAGAUAUUUUAUUAAAUAUUUCGGUCCAUCUUGUCAAUACAAUGGCAGCUGAUAGGUACUCACUUUAGAAAAUCAUAUCGGUUUGGAACGAAAUGAGUGUGAGUAAAUGAUAACAUAAUUUUAAUUUUUGAGUGAUUUAUUCCUUUAAGAAAAAAAAAAAAAAAAGAUUAGUUAGCAUGGGCUUCAGUAAACCCAGACAGCAUGUUAGCAUUAUGCCUGACAGAGAAUACCACUCACAAGUGGCUCACUAGUAAAUAACUAUGUUUGAGUAUUCAAAAACUGGGGAGAAAAAUGUGUCUCUAAGGCAAAAUGCUCCUGUGCAGCAUCUAUUUCCUUAUUGGUGCCGAGAGACCGCCCCAUUUCAUCAGCUCCGCCCUGUAAAUUAGCAUAUCUGGAGGAGAGCGUGAAUAUUAUUGGUCCAGAGAUGCUCUGGGUGUUUUAAAAAAAAACAAAAGACUUUAAUUACUCCUUCAUUUUUUUUCAUGAGCACGGGUGUGGCCCCGUGGGGCCCCGUUACUGUUCAUGAGAAGGUGUGACACACUGCCUACCUGUCUCUCCAUGUGCGACACACACGGAAAACACCAGGCUGUUGUUGGGUUGUUUCUGACAUUUGGCUGACAGUUCGCUUGCUGCCUCUCCACCAAGUCCCCCAACUCUGCUUCAACUCUGGACUCAAAGCCUGACCUCUCAUCUCUCUAAUACAAACACCAAUGUUUCAUAUACUUCUUAAUUGAUUUUGAAGAGGGUUUUCCCAACAGACCAUCAAUGAUAUAGCUUUUUUGGAUAAUACAGGACUGAUAAGGGGCUGCUGUAAAUUAAUAUAAAAAUUUUUGUUGCUUUGUUUUUUGUCAUAUUUACCUCUGUUAGGAUAGAAACAUACUCUCCACAUGGAUUUAAACACAGAUGCAAAUGCUUGUCCAACGCAUUGAAAGUGCACAGUCCUGUUGCAUAUGCUAAACGUAUUUUUGUGUUACUGUGGCAGUAACAAACCCCAGUACUCAAGAGGGCGAUAGAGUUACCUUCAAACACCUGUGCCAUUAAAUGGGAUUUGUUUUUAUUCAGGUAGCCAGCUUAAAAAAAUGUUUACAUGCUAUUACUACACCUAUAAACAUUUGCUCGACAAGAUUCUCUGUUUCGCCAUGACAGUAGUUAGCCUGAAAGAGAAAACCGACAUUACAAAAAGAGUUUACCUUUAUGUUCUCUAUAGCGCCACUUGUGGCAAUGCUAAGAAUGCAGUGCAUACUUGAGACAGAAGCUCGAAACUGUGUGACCCGACCCAACCCGACCGGUACAGUCAAAUUUUAAGCCUGAACUGAAAUAAUUUACUCUGUAUAAUUUCUUCUCCAUGCAAGUUUUUUUUUUUUUUUUUUUUAAUAGGCUGUAUUUUAUUAAAUAUAUAUAUUAUUAAUAUAACAUUUGUAACAGUAAACCUGAACUUUUUUGCAACCUGAACUUCAGAACGUCGAAUCUUUGUGAUACAUGCGCUAAAAAAGCUAGCAGCUGUGCAACAAAUGAAACACGUUACAGGUGUCUCAAGAUGCAUUCUUUGAAAGUUCUCAGACACACUGUGUCUAAAAAAUGUGGUGGUCCUGUGCGAGACGCUGAAAAACAAAAAACAAAACAAAAAACAGCAAGACGUGGCACAACAGUCAGUGAUAUCUGUCCAGUGCGUUCUGACAAAGAAAAACAAUUGAAAAACAGCGCAGAUGCACACAAAAAUACAUUUGUUGUGAACAGCCCUUAAUUAGUGUGUUUGCACAUCUGUGAGUGAGAGCGUGGGCGUUCAAGGCAUGUUAAAAUAAAAAAAAUAUAAUUAUAUAUUCAAUAAAUUUAGCCUAUUAUAUUAAAUAUAUUAUCAAAACAUUUAAAAUAAAUAUAAUAAUUAAUUUUCUCAUUAAUUACAGAUAAAUCCUAUUGUUUAUAAACAUUGCAUCGCAUGCGCAGUAGUGGUGCCAGAAAGCCAGCAAACUAUUUUGUUAGAUUUGACGGAUUAGACAGCAACUAGCUAGCCCCUUUAAAUAUGGGCAAAGUCUUUUAAGCAAGUCAGUCCGUUCGGCGGCCAUCUUUGGAACGCUCUUGGGCAGGCUGGGCAGCUAUUUUUCUAUGUAAACAAGUGGCAUACAAGUGCAGCUCAUCUAUCAAAAAACAUAUUUCAAAUCAGUAGUAAAAUCUGUCAACAGUGGUAUCAUAAACUGUGAUUCUUUACCCCAGAUUACGCAAAAAAACCCUUGAUUUUCCCGGCUUGUGUAGCAAAUGCGCAUGUGCAUUUUAGGGUUGAUUGACAGGCGAUGUCUGUAUCUAAAGGUUAUUGACUCUUUUACCUGUAAGGCGAGACUUCCUUUCCUACAUCCGUUGACUGUUGGGUGUUCCAGUUUCACCCAUUCAUUUUAAUAGAAGUAUCACGUGUCUGCUAAAUAGUCUCUGAUAUCGCUAAAAGACAAUGUAGAAUAAAAUUAGACUUGAAGUUCAAAGCUUGCUAGGUUUGGGUAUAAUAUUGCUAGUAACACAGAAUCAUUAGCUAUACUAUUAUUAUAAUGAUAUGAGUUAAUAUCAUACCUGUAAUAAAAUGUUCGCUGCAAAGGCGUGAGUUGGAAAUUAUCUCCUCAGUCCAGUCAACUCUGUUGACGGAAUCCAACAAAAGUGAAGCCCUUGGUUUUUUCCAUCGUGAUUUUGACAGCCAACAGCUCAGCACGAAAUUUCAUUUUGCUUAACCAGAACAUUUUAAAGGUAACAGCUAACAUUUUGAGGACUGUCGGGUCAGGGCCAAUUUUUGUUCCCAUUCCACUCUUGGUUUACAGUUCACCCCGGUCUUUUUGCCACCACUUUCGUAUGUGACAUUGCCAAAUUAUUGGUCUAUACUGGUUUGUCGGGUCCCGUCGGGCUUGGGUCUGGUAGUAGACCUCUAGUUCAGAGACAUUUCGGAAAGCUUCAAUGGUUGAAAUCGAGCUUGCAUAGACAGAAGCAUUUGCUUUGUUUACAUGCUUGUGUAAAGUAUGUUUCGGCCUAAACGUGUAUUUGAUUUAAUGAGAUGGAAGUGUCUUUAGGGUUAGGUCUUCUUCUCCCCUUCUCCUCUGAACCUAGGAGCAAACUAAUUGAAGGAUAUUGUUUCAAGAGCAGUCUUUUUUUCUUAAUGAGUGUAAAAUAAGACAUUGUUGUCCGCUCCUUAUGCUUCUAGGUUUAGAUCCCCCUUUACAAGCAGUUGAGCAGCAAGCUACCACACAUCAAAUGUCCAGAAACGACCUUUUGCUUGUUGAUACAAAUUGUAUCUAUUUCUUGAUUGUAAAAAAUAUAUUUCUGAGCUGUACAGUAUCACUUAUACGAGUAUAUAUAUAUAUAUAUAUAUAUAUAUAUAUAUAUAUACAUGUAUAUAUACAUAUAUA